UACACCAUACUCUCCCACGUCUGGCAAGAUGUCGAGCAAUCCCACAAGGACGUCCUCCGACUGGAACGCGAGGCUGCCGUGCCCGAGGACCCCCGUCUGAGCGUCAAAGUCCGGGAGUGCCACCGUCUCGCGCGUUCUUACGGCUUCGGCUGGUUCUGGGUCGACGCCCCCUGCAUUGACCAGAGGAACAGCGCGGAGCUUUCUGAAGCGAUCGCAUCCAUGUACCACUGGUACGCGAGCGCGUCAAUCUGCUUCGCCCAUCUCCCCGACGUCCCCUCCCGCGAUCCCAUCCGCGAUUCCGCCUCGGCGUUCCGGCAGAGCAUCUACUUCAGGAGAGGAUGGACGCUUCAAGAGCUCAUCGCUCCUCGCCGUGUUGUCUUUCUUUCCUCCGACUGGACUUUCUUAGGGGAGAAGGAUGAACUCGCGGAUUUGCUCGAGGAGAUCACCGGGAUCGACCAGGACGUCCUCACGUUCCGCCGGCGCGUCGCAGACGUCAGCGUCGCCCGCCGUCUCUCCUGGGCUUCGCAACGGGAGACGCGCCGUGUAGAAGACCAGGCUUAUUGCCUCAUGGGCCUCUUCGACAUCUGUAUGCCUGUCUUGUAUGGGGAAGGCGACAAGGCCUUUCUACGCCUACAGCAAACGAUCCUUGCGCAAAGCUGUGACCACACCCUUUUUGCAUGG